UAUGGUCCACAUAACCUUCUUAUAUAAAAAUUAUCUUAGUUUAUUGUUUAAUAACUAAAUAAAUGAAGUUGGUUUUGAAUUAACGCAGGCUUUUAAGCUUCAAUUGGAAUGGGGACUGUCAUAAGCAAAGCUGCAAAUGGUGUUGGGGGUGUUCUUGGAAAUGCAUUUGUGGCUCCAUUUAAGACUAUGUUUGGUGGAACAUGCGAGGGCGUUUGUUCAGGACCAUGGGAUAUAGUUUGCUUUAUUGAGCAUUUAUGCGUCUCCAGUCUAUUAAAACUUUUGAUGAUCUUGGUCCUUUGCUACAUAACUUUACUGUUCUUCUACAUAUUAUUCAAGGUUGGGAUUUGCCAAUGCAUUGGAAGAAGCCUUUGUAAGCUGUGCUGGGCUGCAUGUGAGGCAUAUUGGUAUGCACUAGAAGAUAUUACUUGUUUCUUGUGGCACAAGUUAAAGAACACGAAGAGGAUAAAUAGGCACAGGCGCAGGCGACACCGCCAUUUUAAAGACAUGGAACAAGGUUACAGUUCAAGUGAUGAAAGUGCAUUUGCAGAUAGUUAUCAUCAUUUAAAUAAUGUUAGUAGAAAAUACAAUAUUAUUAGGAGGAGAAGAAAAGGUUCUUCCUUUAUAUCUACAAGUGGGUAUGGUUCGCAUGGACGUCACCACCGUGUAAGGUUGAAGAGUAGAGAAGUGGGAAUUUAUGUUAAAGGGGGAUCUCGAAAACCAAGGAGUUCAAGGCAACUGCAAAUUAGUAAGAUGAGAAAUGUUCGAAGGGAAGCAAAAAACUUCAAGAGGAGGCGACUAAGAUAGGUGAUCAAGUUAUUACUGGUAUUUGAUCAUGUUCGGAGACAAUAGAAUUCUUUAUUGUAACUGAAAAUAGAAGCAAUAUAUCUAAAAUUUGAUUUCCAAAAUCAAAACCAUAUGU